AUGUACCACUUAGUAACGUCGUUCAAGUUUCAUUACUUCCUGUUCUUCUUGGCAGAUGUGCACACGGCACUCAACGCGCUCAACCUGCUAUUCCAGAAGCGACAGGUCGACCUCACUGCAGUGCACUCCCAGGUGAGGCGGACCAUCAUCUACAUGGAGCAGAGGUACCUGAACUGUGGCCAGCAGUUUGGCGGUGGGACCAGCGAGCUGCUGUCUGCUUUCCUCGCGCGGCAUGCCUCGCCCGACUGCCGUGAAGUGACUGUGGAAGGGGUGGACAACGAGGGUCAGCCCCGUGUACACAAGUUCCAGCUGCACGAGGAGGCAGUCAAGGGAUACACCACCAGCAGCGGGGACAUGCAAGGCUGCUACACCUGCUGCCGCUCAUUCGCCCGCGAGCUGGUGUACAACCUCGAGCUGCGCUUGGGAGACCUGACGCGCUUGAACGGGGCGAAGCUCUUCAUGCCCCGCUCGUGGCCGAGGGGCGUCGAGGCAAGAGACGCAGAGUGCAAGGAGCACCUGCACGGCCUCGUCCAUCUGUUUCAGGCCAAGAACCGGGACACGAUCUUGCCUGAAGCGUGCGGCACGAGCGGACCUGCGCACGUUCCUGCCGGUGCUCUCCACUGCCCCCAAGGAAGAGCAGCCCUUUCACGCAGGAAAAGGCGCCCCAGCAAGCGCAAGGAGCAAGCUGCGCCAGAGAAGGAGCGGGCCAAGGCCAAGUUUGUUAAGGGGAGUGGCUGCCGGGUGGUGGAGGAGGAGGACCUAGACGAGGGCAUGUGUGGUUCUGCAGGCGAUGGCAGUGAGAGUGAUGACGAUGCCAGUAGCAGUGGUGAUGAUGCGAGCGUUUCUUCUGAUGAAGACAUGACAUGA